GGGCCGAGGGGCUGAUGGGACGAUGCUCCGCGUGUUCCUCCUCCGCGCCGAGAACCUGCGCUCUCCCGACUCGGACAUCAGCGACGCGUACUGCUCCGCCGCCUUCGCAGGUGUGAAGAAGAGGACAAAGGUCAUCAAGAACAACGUAAAUCCCAUAUGGAAUGAGGGAUUCGAGUGGGAUCUCAAGGGGGUUCCCCUGGAUGCCGGAGCCGAGCUCACCGUGGUGGUCAAAGACCAUGAGACCGUGGGCAGGAACAGGUUCCUGGGGGAGUGCCGGGUGCCCCUCCGGGAUGUCCUGGGCACCCCCAGCCUGGCGGCCUCGUUCAACCUCCCGCUGCUGGACACGCACCGGGAGAGCACCGGGGCUUUCCUGCUGCUGCAGGUGUCCUACCUGCCCCCCCCAGGGGCUGUGCCGCUCUUCCCCCCCCCGGCCCCUCCGGAGCCGGCCCCGGCUGCGGCCGAGCUGGACACGGUCACAGAGCCGGCUGAAGAGGAGGAGCCGGAGGAUCCCGGCGUGACGGGGGAUGAGGCGGAGCCGUCGUCGUCCUCGGGCCCCCCCGGCUCGAGCCCCCGCGUGCCCCACAGACCCCCCACCCAGCCCAGCCUGCGCGGCAGGAGGAGCAGGAGCUCUCCCAAAAAACCCCUGUCCAACAAACCCCAGGACUUCCAGAUCCGGGUGCGGGUGAUCGAGGCCCGGCAGCUCCCCGGGACCAACAUCCAUCCCGUGGUGAAGGUGACGGCGGCCGGACACACCAAGAGGACGCGGAUCCGCAAGGGGAACAGCCCCUUCUUUGACGAGACCUUCUUCUUCAACGUCUUCGAGGCGCCGGCGGAGCUGUUUGACACCCCCGUCUUCAUAACCGUGGUGGAUUCCCGGUCUUUCCGCACGGACUCGGUGAUCGGGGAGUUCCGGAUGGACGUGGAAUCCGUUUACUCCGAGCCAAAACACGCUUUCCUCAGGAAGUGGCUCCUGCUCUCCGAUCCAGAGGAUCUUUCCGCGGGGGCCAAGGGCUACCUCAAGGUCAGCGUCUUCGUGCUGGGGCCUGGAGAUGAAGCUCCUCUGGAGAAGAAGGAGGUGUCUGAGGACAAGGAGGACAUCGAGGCCAACCUGCUGCGCCCCACCGGGGUCACCCUGCGGGGGGCCCAGUUCUGCCUCAGGAUCUUCAAAGCCGAGGAUUUGCCCCAAAUGGAUGACGCCGUGGUGGACAACGUCCGGCAGAUCUUCGGCUUCGAGAGCAACAGGAAGAACCUGGUGGAUCCCUUCGUGGAAGUCAGCUUUGCUGGCAGGACGCUCUACUCGAGGAUCCUGGAGAAAAACGCCAACCCCCAGUGGAACCAGUGCCUGACUGUGCCGGCCAUGUUCCCGUCCAUGUGCGAGCGGAUGAGGAUCCGUGUGACCGACUGGGACCGCCUGACCCACAACGACGUCAUCGGCACCGCCUUCCUGGCCAUGUCCAAGAUCUCGGCCCCCGGCGGGGAGCUGGAGGAUGAGUUUCCUGCUCCCUCGAAGCCCCUGAAGGCCUCAGACCUGGAUGACGGGCUCGGAUUCCUGCCGACCUUCGGCCCCUGCUACAUCAACCUCUACGGGAGCCCCCGGGAAUUCACGGGAUUCCCCGAUCCCUACGAGAGCCUCAACCUGGGAAAGGGAGAGGGAGUUGCCUACCGUGGCAGGAUGCUGGUGGAGCUGGAGACCAAGCUGGUGGAGCACAUGGAGCAGAAGGUGGAGGAUAUCCCUGCGGAUGACAUCCUGAGGGUGGAGAAGUUCCUGCGCCGCCGGAAAUAUUCCCUGUUCGCCGCCUUCUACUCGGCCACGAUGCUGCAGGGCGUGGACGCCGCUGUGCAGUUCGAGGUCAGCAUCGGCAACUACGGCAACAAGUUCGACAACACCUGCCUGCCCUUGGCCUCCACCACCCAGUACAGCAGGGCUGUCUUCGAUGGGUGCCAGUACUAUUACCUGCCCUGGGGGAACGUGAAGCCCGUGGUGGUGCUGUCGUCCUACUGGGAGGACAUCAGCUGCCGCACCGACGCCCAGAACCUGCUGCUGCACGCGGCCCACAGGCUGGAAGCCAACCUGGAGCAGGUGCAGCUGGCCCUGCAGUCCAAGCGCUCCCCGGCCGAGCUGGAGGUGCUGGGGAACCAACUGCUGGACGAUGUCAUUGCCGACUGCAGCCUGACGCUUCCCGAUGUCCUGGGCAAGGCCUCCAGCACCCAGCUGGACCAGCACCUGUUCCGCUUCCGCAGCGCCCACCUGGAGCAGAUCCUGCAGGCGGCCCUGAGGCUCAAACACCACGACUGCAGCCUGGCCCCGCUCCUGGAGCAGGGAGAGGACUGGCUGGGCCGCCUGCGCAGCAUGGCCCAGGAGCCCCAGAACAGCCUCCCGGACGUGGUGAUCUGGAUGCUGCAGGGGGACAGGCGCGUGGCCUACGCCCGCGUGCCGGCGCACCAGGUGCUCUUCUCCAGGAACAUCCCCCAGUGCUGCGGCGCCAGCUGCGGGAAGCUGCAGACCAUCUUCCUCAAGUACCCGCAGGAGGAGGCUCCGGGGCCGCGGAUCCCGGCGCAGAUCCGGGUGCGGCUCUGGCUCGGCCUGGCCGCGGACGAGAAGGAAUUCAACCGCUAUGCCGAGGGGAAGCUCUCCGUGUUCGCCGAGACCUACGAGAACCAGACGAAGCUGGCGCUGGUGGGGAACUGGGGCACCACCGGCCUCACCUACCCCAAGUACUCGGACGUGACGGGCAGGAUGAAGCUGCCCAAGGAAAGCUUCCGCCCCUCCGCCGGCUGGGCCUGGGCCGGGGACUGGUUCGUCUGCCCCGAGAGGACGUUGCUCCAUGACGUGGAUGCAGGGCAUCUGAGCUUCGUGGAGGAGGUGUUUGAGAACCAGGUCCGGCUCCCUGGGGGGCAGUGGAUCCACAUGACCGAUGCCUACACUGAUGUGAACGGGGAGAAGGUCCUGCCCAAGGAUGAGAUUGAGUGUCCUCCGGGCUGGAAAUGGGAAGACCUGGAGUGGGACACGGAUCUCAACAGAGCUGUGGAUGAGAAAGGCUGGGAAUACGGGCUGACCAUCCCCCCGGACCGCAAGCCCAAGGCCUGGGUGCCGGCGGAGAAGAUGUACCACACCAACCGGCGCCGGCGCUGGGUGCGGCUCCGCCGGCGCGACCUGGAGCACAUGGACACCUCCAGGAAGCACAAGCAGGAGGAGCUGGAUGGGGAAGGCUGGGAAUACGCGUCGCUCUUCGGAUGGCGCUUCCACCUGAAGCAGCGCCGGACCGACUCGUUCCGCCGGCGCCGCUGGAGGCGCAGGAUGGAGCCCCUGGAACGCACCGGAGCCGCCGCCGUCUUCGCCCUGGAGGGGGCUCUGGGCGGGGUGACGGAUGACAGGAGCGAUGAUGGGAAAGGCGCGUCCACGCUGAGCUUCGGAGUGAACAGACCCACCAUCUCCUGCAUCUUCGACUGUGGGAACAGGUACCACCUGCGCUGUUACCUGUACCAGGCACGGGAUCUCCUGGCCAUGGACAAGGACAGCUUCUCAGAUCCGUACGCCAUCGUGUCCUUCCUGCACCAAAGCCAGAAGACGGUGGUGGUGAAGAACACCCUGAACCCCACGUGGGACCAGACCCUGAUCUUCUACGAGAUCGAGAUCUUCGGGGACCCCCAGGGCGUGGCCGAGGCCCCCCCCAGCAUCGUGGUGGAGAUCUACGACCACGACACCUACGGAGCAGAUGAGUUCAUGGGCCGCUGCAUCUGCCGGCCCAGCCUGGAGCGCUCUCCGCGGCUGUGCUGGCACCCCGUCACCAGGGCAGGCAGGAACGUGGGGGAGCUCCUGGCGGCCUUCGAGCUCAUCCAGAGGGAGAAGCCGGCUGUCCAUCACAUCCCUGGCUUUGAGAGUGAUUUGUCCUCCAGCCUGGACGAGUCGGCCGAUUCCGACCUUCCCUACCCGCCCCCUCAGCGGGAGCCCAACAUUUACAUGGUGCCCCAGGGCAUCAAACCCGUCCUGCAGCGCACGGCGAUCGAGAUCCUGGCCUGGGGGCUGAGGAACCUCAAGAGCUUCCAGCUGGCCAGUGUGACAUCCCCCAGCCUGCUGGUGGAGUGCGGGGGGCAGCUCGUGCAGUCCUGCGUCAUCAAGAACGUCAAGAAGAACCCCAACUUCGACGUCUCCGUGCUCUACAUGGAAGUGCGCCUGCCCAAGGAGAGCCUCUACAGCCCCCCCAUCGUCAUCAAGGUCAUCGACAACCGGCCCUUCGGCCGCCGGCCCGUGGUGGGCCAGUGCUCCGUGCGCUGCCUCGAGCCCUUCUACUGGGACCCCCACGGCCAGGACACGGCUGGGCCCCACCAGCACGGAGACGACGGGAGCCCCACGCCCAGGGACGACGUCCUCAUUGACAUCGACGACAGGGAGCCCCUGAUCCCUGCCCAGCUUGCCGAGGGUGUGACCAGCUCUGCACUAAUUAACAUCCCGGCUCCUGGGGCCCAGCCUCGUAAGAUCCUGUGGGAGGAAGAGUUCAUUGACUGGUGGAGCAAGUUUUAUGCCUCCACAGGAGAGAGGGAAAAGUGUGGCUCCUACCUGGAGAAGGGCUUUGACACCUUGCAGGUCUACGAGACGGAGCUGGAGGAGGUGGAGGCCUUCGAGCACCUCUGUGACUUCUGCCACACCUUCCCCCUGCUCCGGGGCCGCGGCCGCGACUGCAGCGACGACCCCUCGGUCGUGGGAGAGUUCAAGGGCUCUUUCAGGAUCUACCCCCUUCCCGACGAUCCGCGCGUGCCGGCGCCGCCCCGGCAGUUCCAGCAGCUCCCGGCGCGGGGCCUCCAGGAGUGCCUGCUCAGGGUCUACAUCGUCAGGGCCUUCCAGCUGCAGCCCAAGGACUCCAACGGGAAGUGCGAUCCCUAUGUGAAGAUUUCAGUGGGAAAGAAAUCCAUCAAUGACCAGGAAAAUUACCUGCCCUGUACCCUGGAGCCUGUCUUUGGGAAGAUGUUCGAGCUGAGCUGCACCCUGCCCCUGGAGAAGGACCUGCGGGUGGCCCUGUACGACUACGACCUGCUGUCCAAGGACGAGAAGAUCGGGGAGACCGUCAUCGACCUGGAGAACCGCUUCCUGUCGCGCUACGGGGCGCGCUGCGGGCUGCCCCUCACCUACUGCGUCUCCGGGCCCAACCAGUGGCGGGACCAGCUCCGUCCUUCCCAGCUGCUCCAGCUCUUCUCCCUGCAGCACAACUACAAGGCUCCCACCUACAAAUCCGACCGGAUCAUCUUCAGGGAUCAGGAAUACGUCCUGUCUGAGCUGGAGGACGGGAAGCCCCCGAAUCCCCACCUGGGGCCGGUGGAGGAGCAGCUGGCGCUGCUGGCCCUGAGGAAGCAGGGGCUGGUGCCGGAGCACGUGGAGACGCGGCGGCUCUUCAGCCCCCUGCAGCCUGGCAUCGAGCAGGGAAAGCUGCAGAUGUGGGUGGAUCUGUUCCCGAAAUCCCUGGGACAUCCCGGGCCCCCUUUCAACAUCAGCCCCCGCAAAGCCAAGAGGUUCUACCUGCGCUGCAUCAUCUGGAACACCAAGGACGUGAUCCUGGACGACCUGAGCAUCACCGGGGAGAAGAUGAGCGACAUCUACGUCAAAGGGUGGCUGGUGGGGCACGAGGAGAACAAGCAGAAGACAGAUGUGCACUACAGGUCCAUGGGGGGAGAGGGCAACUUCAACUGGAGGUUCGUCUUCCCCUUCGAUUACCUCCCGGCCGAGCAGAUGUGCCACGUGGCAAGGAAGGAGCAUUUCUGGAGCUUGGACAAGACAGAAAACAAGAUCCCCCCACAGCUGAUCCUGCAGAUCUGGGACAACGACAAGUUCUCCUUCGAUGACUAUUUGGGCUCCAUCCAGAUGGAUCUCAACAGGAUGCCCAGACCUGCCAAGACGGCUGAGAAGUGCUCGCUGGAGCUCCUGGACGACACGGGGUCCUCCAGCCGCUUUGUGUCGCUCUUUGAGCAGAAAACUGUCAAGGGCUGGUGGCCCUGUGGGGCUGAGCAGGACCAGAAGAAGAUCCUGGCGGGCAAGCUGGAGAUGACUCUGGAGAUCGUGGCCGAGCAGGAGCACGAGGAGCGCCCGGCUGGGCUGGGCCGGGACGAGCCCAACAUGAACCCCCGGCUGGAGGACCCCAAGCGCCCCGAGACCUCCUUCCUGUGGUUCACCUCCCCCUACAAGACCCUCAAGUACAUCCUGUGGAGGAGGUACAAGUGGAUGCUGAUCCUGUUCAUCAUCCUCUUCAUCCUGCUGCUCUUCCUGGGAAUCUUCAUCUACGCCUUCCCGAACUACGCUGCCAUGAAACUGGUGAAGCCUUUCAGCUGAGCUGGGACACCUGCAGGCUCCGGGGCCGGGAUUUUGGGAAGCACUGCUGGCUCUGGAUCCCUCAGCACGUGGAGAAGGAACUGCCCCCCCCAGGCCUGAACUGCUCCCAGCAUGGACACAGCAAUUCCCAGCUGGAGAAUCCACCGGGAGCGUCCCCAGCACCUGCACCCGGCCGCCCUGCUCUGGCUCAUGGGAUUUGAUUUGGUCUUGGUUUAUUUUAGUUUAUUUGGCAUUGGUUUGUUUUACUUUAUUUUGUUUUGUUAUAUUUUAUUUUAUUUUGCUUUGUUUUAUUUUGUUUUAUUUCAUUUUACUUUAGGUUUUUUUGUUUGUUUUUAAUUUCAUUUUUAUUUUCUUAAUUUUAUUUCAUUGUAUUUAAUUUUAGUUCAUAUUUUAUUUCAUUUCAUUUUAUUUUUAUU